UGUUACCUUUAGUUUAAAAAUGGCUACCAUAACAUCAAAAAUGUUAUUUUCAUCCAAACUUUUUAGAGUUUUCGGCUCAAAACAUAGCUGUCAUCCCUUAAUUGCUGUUCGGAAAGCCCACUUUACGUAUUUUCCAGACACUGCAAAGACAGAAUAUGGAGAGACAUCCAGAAUGAACUUGGUACAGUCUCUUAACAGUGCCAUGGAUAUCGCCCUUGGCAACGAUCCUACAGCAGUUAUUCUGGGUGAAGACGUUGCAUUUGGUGGAGUAUUCCGGUGCACUGUGGGACUGAAGGAUAAAUAUGGUGCUGACAGGGUCUUCAACUCUCCUCUCAGCGAGCAAGGCAUCGUAGCGUUCGGGAUCGGACUAGCAGUAGCGGGGGCGACCGCCAUAGCAGAAAUACAGUUCGCAGACUACAUCUUCCCAGCAUUUGACCAGAUCACUAACGAGGCGGCAAAGUUCCGUUACCGAACGGGUAACCUGUUCGAUUGCGGCAAGUUGACCAUACGGACACCGUGUGGUGCAGUGGGCCAUGGGGCGCUGUAUCAUUCCCAGAGUCCUGAGGCGUUCUUUGCACACAUUGCUGGCAUGAAGGUAGUUAUCCCGAGGGGCCCAAUCCAGGCAAAAGGGCUCCUACUAAGCUGUAUCAGGGAGGACAACCCCUGCGUGAUGUUUGAGCCAAAGAUCCUCUACCGGUCGGCCAUUGAGGAGGUGCCAAUCGGAGACUAUUCUAUACCGCUGGGAAAGGCAGAGGUACUUGUUGAAGGCUCAGAUGUCACCAUGGUAGGGUAUGGAACACAGGUCCAUGUGUUACGUGAGGUUGCUACUAUGGCCAAGGACACACUAGGGGUGUCCUGUGAGGUCAUUGACCUGCGCACCAUUCUGCCAUAUGACCUUGACACCAUCAUCAAUUCUGUUGUAAAGACGGGCCGCCUCAUCGUCAGCCAUGAGGCUCCACAGACCAUGGGUUUUGCUGCAGAGAUCGCAACAGCAGUGCAGGAGGAGUGUUUCCUGAAUCUCGAGGCCCCAGUGCAGCGAGUGUGUGGCUAUGACACACCCUUUGCCCAUGUGUAUGAACCUUUCUACCUGCCUGACAAGUGGCGGCUAAUGGAAGCAGUAAAAAAAGUCACCAGUUUCUGAACAUUAUGCUGACUGCAGAUCAUUUGGUCAUCAUUCACCUUGUAAGACAGACAGGCAGACAAGAAAGACAUACAUGUAUUGAGGGAUUUAGUGGUACAACCAGGACAGGGUUUUUCUACAUGGGGACCACAACUUUCCAUCAGCGGUUUUGUUUGCACCUUAAUCAUCAGGGCUAUAAAUAAUUGAUUGCCAAUUUGCCUGGGGCGAUUAGAUUUAGGCACGGGCCAGUUAUUUAAAAAAUGGUAGUGCUACUUGGCUACUACCUUUUUAGCUCAACUGAGUACAAUGUGCUCAUGGUGAGCUUUAGUGAUCGCCUUUUGUCUGUCGUGCAGCGUCAACAUUUUGUUUGCCGUGUUAACACUCUAGAGGCCACAUUUAUUGUCUGAUUUUCAUGAAACUUGGUCAGAAAAUUUGUCCCAAUUAUAUCUUGGAGGAGUUUGCGAGUCAGUUUUGCUUAUAUAUUUGCUAUAGUAAAAAAUUAACAUAUACUCUUAAAGUCACAUUAUUUGUCCAAUCAUCAUGCAACUUAGUAAAAACAUUUGUUUUAAUGAUAUCUUGGAUGCCUUUGAAA